CGUGCUUUUUAAAUCAACAAUAUGGCGUAGUGUUCCCUCUUUUUGUUUGUUUGAUUUUUUCUCGAUAUAUCUCAGAACAAUUAUUUACAUUCAUAAUAUACAUUAAAAUUAUCUAAAAAGUGAGAUAUUUGCGCGUUCUCGUCGCAAAGAGUUAUCUUCUUAUUUUUCGACAUUUAUUCGUAGAAAAUGGAUACAUGUAAGAUGGAAAUUUGCGGAUUUCUAUAUGUGAAAUCGAUGGGAAAUAGAUACAUCGCGCAGAGAGUGAGGAAGAAGACUUUGAUGAUGUCAAAGGUUUGGAAACGAUUGUGGUGCUCCGUAAAGAAAUUAAAAUCCGGCCUCGUGCAAAUACAGUUUGACACUAGAUUCAGCGACUUUGCGAAACAAAGUGAAAAGGGAAAUUGCAUUAUAAUUCCCUCGAAUGCGAUUAUACAUCGUAUUCGUUCUAAAACGAAGCAAUAUGCGUUCGCUGUAUCAUUAGCGACAGAUAAAAAGUCCUUACUGUUGUCCACUAAUUCAGAAACUGAAACGCAGCAUUGGAUGGCAAAUAUUAGACACUUGUUGAAGCCUAGAAGACAUCACUGUAUAGAGAAGUCUUAUAGCGUGUCCAUAGUUGAUAAUGCACACUCCAAAGCAUCAGGUUUAACUGGUUUAUACGGAGAUUUGAUUGCCAACGAUACAGAAAUUCUUAUUAAAGAUGUUUGUACUGGUGAAAUAAUUGAGUCCUUUGAAUGGAAAGAAUUUAGUCAAUUUCACUUAAUGACAGCAGGCCGUCCAGAAGAUGUAAAGCGCAUUUGUGUAGUACAUACCACUAAAGAGUUUCGUUGUGGUGUUGGAGAACUUUACAUAUUUUGUCUUGAUGCUAUUAAAUUAUUACAAGAUUUAGUGACACAGGGUCGUGGUCCAAAACAAAAAUCUUUGAAUUUUAAUGAAGAAAAUCUUGAAACAGUGAAGCAGCAUUAUAAUAUUAAUAAUUCUCUUUCACAUUUACAAAAGAAUACAUCACUUCCUGUUCUUAGCACAGAAACUAAUUGUUUAAGGUCAUUAACUUGUACAAAUAUCAAAGAGAACAUAUAUGAAUUAGAACCUAAUCUAAUCUACAAUGACGAAGGUGAUUCCUAUAAUAGAAUAUCAAAUACUUCUGGAAUUUAUGAAGAAAUUACAGAUAAUAAAUAUUCUUUAAAACAAAGAACAUCUACUUCAAAUAUGUACAAGGAAACAGAUAAAAGUUCAUGCAAUUUGCAAAUGGAACCUCCAGCAUUACCACCGAGACAGGGACAACAAUCAUAUGUAGAGGAAGACAGGAUCAGUGUUGGACAAUAUUCUUAUUCAAAAAAUUCCAAUGUUGAAGAACGUAUCCAAAAGAUUACUCUUACAGACAAUAAUUAUGUUCCAAUGUCACCUCAAUUAAGAGGCUUUAAUAUAUUUGAAUCCGAUGACACAAAACACUCAAAAGAAAAUGACUAUGUUAUUAUGCGAUAGCAUUAUGUAAAUAAUAAGAUAUAGAUUAGCAAUUUUAUAAGAUAAAAAUA